UGCAUUGUUUAUCUCUCCUUCUUCUAUGUGCCGUACUUAUCGGUCAUGUUAACACCAAACGAAAUAUUCCUCUGUCGCAGGAUGUACGAGAUGCCAUUGACCAGUAUAUUGCACAAAACCAAAUAGUGAAUAUGGAAAGCAUUCGUGCGAAAGAUGUGCAGAUCUUGACCAAUCGUCUGAAAGAAGUUGAGAGCGUGCAUGCCAAAGAUGUGCAACACUUGACCAAUCGUCUGAAAGAAGUGGAGAGCAUGCGCGCCAAAGAUGUAGAAAUCUUUACAAAACGUCUGGCAGAAGCGGAGAGCAUGCGUGCCGAAGAUGUGAAGAUCUUGACAACUCGUCGAAAAGAAGUGGAGAGCAUGCGCGCCAAAGAUGUAGAAAUAUUUACAAAACGUCUGGCAGAAGUGGAGAGCACGUGUGCAAAAGAUGUACGAAUCCUGACCAAUCGGAUAACGGAAAUGGAGAAUUUGUGUGUAAACGAUAGCCAAACACUACCCAAUCGCCGAGAAGAAAUGCUGAAUCUGCGAGAAAUGGAAAAUCCUACCAAUCACGUGGACGAAUUACAAUAUAUGCGCACCGGUAAUGUGCAGAGCCUGGCCAUACCAACAGAUGUCGACUUUAUGACCAAUCAUAUGCAAGAAGAGAAACCCUUUCUAAGCAAGGACAUUAAGGACCUGGCCAAAACUUUAACUACUAGUGCACAGAAAAAUCGUUCUAAAAAUAUGCAGCCUGUGCAAAAGGAUGCACAAGAUAUGAAAUAUCCUUAUCAAACCCCGGACAAACGAUCUUCACCAUUGAUGAGUUCAAGAGUAGCAUCUGUAACCGACUGGGUCGCGUUCCAUGCCAUACUCCAUGCGCCAAUGUCAGACCCAAGCUGGGGACAUAUCAUCCCUUUCUCGGAAAUAAAAACAAACAUCGGCAACAACGAAUACCACCCGACUACAGGGGUAUUCACUUGUAAAAAGGCCGGAAUAUACGUCUUCUCGUGGAGUAUCCGAGUCAACCAGGCUGACCAUGGGCUAGAAACGGAACUGGCAUUAAAUGGUGCUACGGUCGGAUACAACACUGCAGGUGGCGGAGACGGAAAUACUUGGGGAUACGGGUCCGCUACUGUGACCCUGUACUUACAAGUAGGUGAUGAAGUUUGGGUAAAGGCUGGUGGACGUAUUGAUGGUAUCACAAUUAGUCCGAUUAGUAUGUUUACGGCGUUUCUUGUACACGCCGACUAAAGCAUCUGAAAAUAGGAUUGUCUUUUGAUUUUUUUUCCAUGAUGUUGAGUAAAAUACUGUGAUUAAUAUG